GUGGAACACUGGGUCACAGCAGCAUUCUGUCCCACUGUUGUGAUGUCACUUGAUGGAACACUGGGUUACAACAGCAUCCAUCCUGUGACUUACAACACUCUAGUUCACCCACAAACCCUGAAAAAUACAUAAGAGGCACAAGUGUUACCUAUUUAGUAAGGCAUUGUCUGUCAUUUGUUGAUCAUGGCCCAUAAUUCUACGCAGAAGUUUAAGACUCUUCACGCUCCGGCCUCCAGAGAAGAUCAAGCUAAUGACUCCAACGCCGGCAAACUCAGCUACGGCACAGGGAAGGAUGUCAAAGAUUGGAGAGGCAAAAGGAAGGCCGGCGCUGAUCAGGGUCUAAGGGCCGAUGGUGUUCCAUACACCAGUUGCUCUCACAGUGUUACAGCAGGGGGUGCCAGUGUGAGGGAGAGCAAGUGGAAAACAGACACUAAUGAUGACUGCCCAAAGAAAAAGAGAAGGGGUAGCAAUGAUACCAACAUCAAUGGGCCCAGCACUGGGUUUAUUACGGGUAGCCGUGUGACCCAAGAUGACACAGACAGUUCCUCAGAUACCAGCACCAAUGGGCCCAGGACUGGGUUUAUUACGGGUAGCCGUGUGACCCAAGAUGACACAGACAGUUCCUCAGAUACCAGCACCAAUGGGCCCAGGACUGGGUUUAUUACGGGUAGCCGUGUGACCCCCGAUGACACAGACAGUCCCUCAAAGAUGCACAACUCUGACUUCAGCCUGAGCAGCAGCUCAUGUUCAUCCUCAGAUGAGGAUAUCAUUCAUGACAUUCCCUUCUCAGUAAAAACCAGCAGAGCUGAAUUUGAAGCCACCUAUAUCGAGAUUUACCAGAUUGCUAAAGGUGGUUUUGGAGCCGUGUAUGCAGGCUACCGGAAAGAAGACGCUGUAUCAGUUGCUAUCAAACAUAUUCCAAAAGGAAAGGUCUACUACAGUAAAGUGAUCAAGAACGGAAAGGUGUUUAAGGUCAUUGAGGAAGUCGCCCUCAUGGUAAAAGCAGCAGGUGGAGCUGAAUCAGCUGGGAGCUCUGCAGCCAUCUCCCUACUUGACUGUUAUCUUCUGGAGGAGGACCUGGUCCUGAUUAUGGAAAGACCCGUCCCCUCCAUGGAUCUCCACCAGUACCGCAAGGCCAAAAGAGGCUUCCUGCAGGAAGAUGAGGCUAAGAGCAUCCUGCGGCAGAUGGUGGAUGCAGCCGUCGAGAUGCACACAAAUGGAGUCUUUCACCGGGACAUCAAGUUAGAAAACAUCCUCAUUGAAGUUGGAUCACAUGUCCCACGCGCUCGCGUGAUUGAUUUUGGCUGUGGUUGCCCCGUGAUAAAGGGAUAUUACUAUCGCUACUCUGGUACCUUUUCAAAAGCCCCUCCAGAGUGGUUCAUCUUCAAAAGAUACAAAGCCGGUCCCACGACAGUGUGGCAGCUGGGAGCACUGCUGUACGACCUGCUGGAUCACGAUCAUUCCUUCAAAACACGUAUUUACCUGGAAAGAGGGAUCAAAAUCAACUGUAAUCUGUCCUUAGACUGCCAAGAGUUCUUGCAGACGUGUCUGGCCAUCAACCCUCACAGGCGUCCUAGCUUAGAGCAGCUCCAGCUCCACCCCUGGCUCAGAUAGUCCAUGCCACACCACCUGUGUGUGUCCCAGGUCUAAUCCCGGAAGUCCAAAUCAAUAAAACGGUGAAUCAAUGGCAGUCUACUCAUUGAUUAUGAUAUCACAUUUGACAUCCACUGCUGUUGUAAUUGCAACUGUUCAUCAUGUCAUACAUAACAUUAUACUCACUGCUUU